CGAAAUGUCGAACUUGUGCGUCGGUCGUAAUUUGGGUUUGGGAAGCCUAUUCAACUUUCUAUGAAGUUUCUACUUUGAAAGGUUGGAUAUUAUGCUUUGGGUGUUAAUAUUGAUGUUUUUAUAAAGAAAGAGGGUCUACUUUGUACUGCGCAUCUUAAUUGGAGCCGCAUGGUGACAACUAAGCGUUAGUGAAGAUGUUGAACCAAGCAGCUGUGGAGGCCUUGUAUUCGGCAACGUACGUCGAAAACUAUUUGGAUUGCACCGAAAAUCUCCCCGAUGAAUUGCAAAGACACCUCUCCCGCAUGCGGGAGCUUGAUGUGGAAUAUCAGUCAUUUGUAUCAGCGUUCAUGCGGAGACUGGCCAGCCAGCUGGAGGCAGUUCGAAAUUCAACUGAGGACUCAGCUCAAUGGAGGCGAGCCCUUCUUCGAGCCCAGAAGGAGCUCAUCGCUGCUCAGGAAGUUGGUGAUGAAAAGCUGCACAUCAUGAGCCAACUGCAAGAACACAUAGAUAACAAAGUGCGGCAAAUGGACAUUGAUCUCCGCAAUUUGGAUUACGGCAAAGAGCAAGAAACAAAUGAUACUGGCAAGGAAAAUCAGACUGCUAGUUCUGGUGUGAAUGCUGGUAGCACCCGAGCUGACAAUGGAACCUCUGGAAGUGGUGCCACAGGCGAGAGAUCCUCAAAGAGAGCAAGAAGAGGUGUUAUGUCACAGUCUGACACAGCAACUAACUCACCUGAUGUACCUGCUGCACCUGAAGUGCCAACAAGAAGAGAAGGAGCACCAGCCCGGAAAUUGUAUAAUUACCAGGCAACUGUGAGUAACCCUGCGACUGGGAAGAAAGCUGCGGCUGGCACUGGCAAGAACAAAAAGAAGAGGAAGUCACGAGGUUCAUCUUCUACUGCUGCACAGUCGUCAUCUCAAGCAGUUCAAGAACAAACACCACCGAGGGAUGAUGAACUAGCAAUAGAUCCGGAUGAGCCAACUUAUUGCCUUUGCGAUCAGAUAUCCUUCGGUGAAAUGAUCCUCUGUGAUAAUGAUCUGUGUCCUAUUGAAUGGUUUCAUUUUGGCUGUGUUGCACUUACAACCAAACCCAAAGGAAAAUGGUUUUGCCCUAAAUGCCGUGGUGACAGGCCCAAUGUUAUGAAGCCAAAAGCUCAAUUCCUUAAAGAAUUGGAAAGAUAUAACAAGGAAAAAGAAGAAAAAUCAUAAGAGAUAUAUUUCAAAAUUUUAUAUGCAUGAGUCAAAGAUGAAUUAUUUAUCAAUAAGUUUACUUUGUGCAUCAAGUUGCUAUCUCUGUGGCAUGAUGUGCUCGCUUAUGCUCAUUCAGAUUUUAAUUCUUUACAUUUGCUGUACUAUUAUGUCACUUAUGUUACACUGUCUUCUAUCUUGGGAAUUUUUACAUUAUUUGUUUAGCAGAUACCAAUGUUCAAACAAGUAUGUAUGUGCAUUUGAUGUCCGCACUAUGUGUGAUAAUAGAUUUGAUAUCUUCAUUUAGUUGCUUUCAUGGGACAGUUAUGAUUGUGCACAUUUGAAACUAUAACUUUAGAAAUUUAACGUUUCUAUAGUGCAACUAAUGAUAAAGAUAUCAUAUUAUUUUAUCCCCUUUCUUAAUUGUGUAAAAUCAGAUUCCAUGUCUCUGUAUUAAAUUGUUUUAGAAAUUUAUUUUACGUGUUCUAUGGCCCUCAUAGAUACCCAUUUAUUUUGUCUGGUCAUAAGCACAGUUUUAUGUGUGUAUGUUCUUCUAAUUUUGUGACUCGAAAGUGCAACUUCCUUAGUGCCCAAUCAAUGAAUAUGGCACAUUUCUCAUUGUUAAAUUUUAAGCCACGAGGAGGAAUAUAAUCAAGCUGUAUGUAUGUUGCUUGUCACUUUUCAAUAACAUGAAAAGUUUUGAAUAUAAAA